GCGGAUGUUUUGAAGCGUUCAGCUACUUGCCCUGCAGAGAGACAGAACAGAAGCAACUGUGCUCUGCAGCUUAUAGAGUGGCUACUUCUGUCAAAAUAAUCACCAAAACAAUCCACAGACGCUCCCUUCUUGUCAGGGGAGCUGCCAGUGAAUUGAAUCCCCAUUGAAGAGACUAUUCCUUUAAUUAUUAUUUUUUGGUUCGGGAUAUCCUAACUUGAACAAUCAUGGUGGUCUUCAAGAAGGUCAAGUUCUUCGAGGUGGUCUUCACCGACCCAGAAAAGGUCUACUGCGGAGGGGAGAAGGUGACCGGGAAGGUGAUGGUCGAGGUGGCCGAAGUGACCCGGGUGACCAAAGUCAAGCUCCUCGCCUGCGGAGUGGCCAAGGUGGUCUGGUCCUCUGGAUCCCAGCACUGUAAGCAGGAGAUGGAGUACCUGAGGGUGGAGGACACCUUGCAGAUGGAGGAUCAGCCUUCUGAUUCUGAUGGCUCCGUAAUCCUAAGACCUGGCAACCGGUACGAGUACAAGUUUGGAUUCGAGCUUCCUCAGGGGCCUUUGGGCUCAACUUUCAAGGGGAAGUAUGGAUCUGUGAAAUAUUGGGUCAAGGCUUUCCUUGAGCGGCCAUCACUCCCAGCUCUGGAAGUGCAGAAGAAAUUCCAAGUGGUUGACUUGGUGGAUGUGAGCACUCCCGAUUUAACGUGUCCUGUUUCUGGCAAAAAGCACAAGAAGAUGACUUGCCUGUUCAUCCCUGAUGGCCAUAUCACCAUGAGUGCCAGCAUCAACCGCAAGGGAUUCUGUGAAGGUGAUGAGAUCUGCAUCUCGGCUGACUUUGAGAACACCUGCUCUCGCAUCGUGGUCCCAAAAGCUGCCAUCAUCGCCAAGCACACUUACUUGGCCAACGGUCAGACCAAAGUUUUCACCCAGAAGCUCUGCAGCGUGAGGGGAGGUCACAUUAUCUCCGGCAUGACAGACUCUUGGAGAGGAAAGAGCAUCCGUGUCCCAAAGAUCAAGCCUUCCCUUCUUGGCUGCAACAUCCUGAGAGUGGAAUAUUCUUUAUUGGUUUAUGUCAGUGUUCCUGGAGCAAAGAAGAUCAUCCUCGACCUGCCCCUUGUGAUCGGCACCAGCUCAUCUGGUCUCAACAGCCGCAGCUCAAGCAUGGCAAGCCAGGCCAGCUCGGAGAUGAGCUGGUUGGAACUGAACAUCCCCGGCACUCCAGAAGCUCCUCCAUGUUAUCUGGACAUCGUUCGUGAGGACCACAGAAUUGAAAGCCCAACAACUCCUCUGAUCGAUGAGCUGGACAACAUCUGUGACAGUCCCAUCUUUAUGUAUGCUCCAGAGUUCAAGUUCAUGCCACCUCCAACCUACACCGAGGUUGAUGCCAACAAGAAUACCUGUGUGCAGUAAACUCAACUUUAAAAGCACUUGUUUUCUCAAUUUCUGAACUUGCAAAAGCACUGUUUUAAAAGCAGGUCCUAUCUUCUCCCGAGGCCUUUCUUCCGUUUUUCGGAAAUCUGCGUUUUUAAAGGGCUGAAAUCAAUGCAAAAGAAGUCACUCUGUUGACGGAAUAGCCACCCAAAGACUGUCGUUCUUCAGGUGUGCCAACACAAUGCAAAAGUCGAAGAGAUAAGCUGGCCCUGCCUCAAGCAACUCUCGGGCCUGAGUUUGAGUUGUAUGGCAGAUGGGAGGAAAAAAAAAAGGACAAUCCAGGCCACUGUUUCUUUGUAUUAGAACGGUGCGCCGGUUACCGAUUGUAC